AUGACGGACCAAAGCUCAGCACGUGUUCACCGGAAUCGAAGGAGAUUGACUCGGAAACAGCGUCAGCAUGAAUCUUCCAGUAAAGCUAAUCGACAGCUGGUCAAGAGAAAUUCGCCGUCGUCUUCUGGUGGAACCGACCUUCGAAUCUCUUCACCCAAACAGCUGGUCAAGAGGAAUUCGCCGUCGUCUUCUGGUGGAACCGACCUUCGAAUCUCUUCACCCAACACUUUAUACUCGAAAUGGAAGUAA